AUGAAACAGAACCUUAUUGUGGCAGUGAAGGAUAACGGACAGACUCCUCUCUCUGCCACCUGCUCCAUGUAUUUACUGAUCUCUGAUAACUUGGCUGAAGUGCCUGAACUCAAGGACAUUUCUUAUGAUGAGAGGGACUCAAAGCUGACAUCCUAUCUGAUCAUUGCCCUGGUGUCAGUGUCCACAUUUUUCCUCACCUUCAUCAUUAUUGUCCUGUUCUGUCGCAGGUGGAAGCCCAGACUGUUGUUUGAUGGAGAGUUGGUUAUCUGCCUCCGCAGAUGUUGA